CCUGCUUGUUAACUGACAUCACUGGAGUUUCCCCCAUCUGCAGUGUUUAUAAACUGCACUGACCAGCAGAUAACUUCAUUUUACAAACUCACACAAUAAGGAACAGAUCUCAGAGAACUAACGGCAGCUAACAGCAUGGUGAAAUACGAAACGACAUUAGAUCUGGAAGCCGGCGUAGGGGGAGUUUAUCAGACAACGGUGGCACCUGUACCAGUGAAGUCCUCCAAAAGCUGGAUAUGGAAGACAGUCGUUGUAAUCGCUUUUCUCGGCCUGUGCGCCACAGCAGCGGUUUUCUUCGCCUGGCAUAUGACGAAACCAAUCCAAGGAGAUAUUCCAUUCUUUUCAGAGAAACAAAUCAGUACACCAUCAGAGCACGGAAAAACGCUAAUGCAGAUCGCUGAGAAAACAAAGGCAGCCAUUCAUUUGCAUGGUCAGCAUGAAGGCAGCACAAAUGAAUCACUGAAAUGGGUCACCGGCGUGGAUCAGUCAUUUGAACAGGGCGGUCUUAAGCUGGAAAAUAACAAGAUUCACAUUCCUGCCGACGGCCUUUACUUUGUGUACAGCCAGGUGUCCUAUGCCAUACAGUGCAAUAUGGACGAAAGCGACAACGGUCCGGCUCAGAACUUCCUCAGCCACAGCAUCUGGCGUCAUACGGACGCAGUGGUCGAGCCGAUGCCUAUACAGAGCUCUGUUCACUCCGUCUGCCAAUCACACGAGGACGAGAAGACCACCUACAGCACCGCCUACCUCGGUGCCGUCUUUCAGCUAAUGGAGGGUGAUAGGUUGUCAACCAAAACCAGCCGUGUAGGCAAACGUUGAGGAAAAUUAUGCCAAAACAUUCUUUGGGGUGUUUGCAUUGUGAUUUAUUAGCCACAUGAGUCGAGUGGCACUGGUACAAAGACAAGUGUUUUAUGUUAAAACACAGAAAGUAUGUUCUCAGGGCAUUUGCUUUAUUUGUUGUUUGACUAAUGAUGGAAGUCAAUAUUGCAUCAUGAAAAUUAUGUUUGGGUUCUAAAACACAUUAGAUGCAGUGAGAGCCAUGCACUGAAUACCAUGUACUCAGUCAUGAGCACUAUAGCAAGGGCACUACACCUCGUAUACUUAUUUUAAGCUAAUGUGAUGUUCAUUAUCUUGCAGAUUUCGUUGUAGAAAUAGCAAGGAUGUUCAAAAUAAUUUUUUCUAAUUUGUGGAUUAUAGAAUUAUUUAUAACUUUUGAGUGUAUUUAAAGUAUUUUACUGUGUUAUUUAUAUUUAUAUAUUUAUUAAUGAUUUAAUGUGCUAUCAUGGAAAAUGGAUGUGUUGAAAUUGCUUGUUGAAACUCAUCUGUGAUUCUGACAUUUUAAUGGUGAAUAAACAAGAAGUAUUACUGCAA